AAAUUUCAUUUUAUACUCUUUCAGUGUUAUUCAUACCUAUAGCAUGAUAAUUAACAGUGCAUGGUGCAGUGUAUUACUAAUACUUCCAGCCAGUUAUUCCUACCCAACUGAUGGGUAUUCCAGUAUUUCUGAAAAACAACCAACUCUUCAAUUAAACCAGGAAAAUGGUUAUGUAGCUGAUGAAUCUGAAAUGCCCUCAUCUACAAGUUAUAUCAAUAAUAAGGGACCUGUUGUUGAAAGCGCAGCUGCAAUUUAUGCCAAACGGGAAAAAAUUGCCAGCUUAAAACAAGCCUUGAAGGAGCAACUUGAUAAAAGAUUGGCGUAUGAAAAAACUGCAUACAAUAAAGAUAAUCAGGUUGACCAGGGAGAAUAUAAAACUGAAGAAGUAAAUGUAGAUUCUCCAAAAGUGUAUGUUGUGGAACCAGCAGGAAAGAGUUCCCAUGAAGAUGAAAACAAAUAUGAAGAAAAAGAAUCCUCUGAAAAAGAAAAAGAAAAGGAAUCAGAUGAAAACCAAUCCAAGGAAAAUAUUAAAAAUGAUGUAAAAAAGAUGAAAGAAGAAGCAGCUAAGCAGAUUGCAGAAGAAGAGGCAAAAAAGAAAGCAGAAAAAGAAGAAAAAGAGAAAGAAGAAGCUGAAGUUAUAAAAGCUGCUGAAGAGAAAGCAAAGCAAGUAGCAGAGGAAACUGCUAAAAAGCUAGCUGAAGAGGCUGCCAAGAAAGAAAAAGCAAAGGAAAUUGCAGAGAAAGAGUUAGAAAAAAAAGAUGACAAAGAAUCAACAAAUGAAGCUGUGGAAAAAAUAGAAAUUUCUCAGAAAGCUGCAGAGGAAGCAGCAGAUGCAGCUGAAAAAUCUGCAUUAGCCUCAAGAAAAGCUCAAGAAGAAGCAGAGAUUGCUCAAAAAGCAGCAGAAGAGGCAGCAGAGGCUGCUUCUAAGGUAGCGGAAGAGUCAGCAUUAGCCACAAAGAAAGCAGGGGAUGAAGCAGUGAAGGCCAUUCAGGAAGCAGCUAAGGAAGCAGCUGAGCUUAUAAAGGAGGAGGGUAAUGAUUCAACUGAUUCACCAUUUGAAAUCACAACUAAAUCUACUGAAUCUCCAUUUGAAAUUACAACAAAAUCAACUGAUUCGCCGUUUGAAAUAACCACUAAGUCUACUCCUAUCUCCACCACUGACUUAGAAAAUAUGCUCUCUGAACAGUUAAAUGAAAAUAAAAAAUUAGCAACAGAAACUAAAGAAUCUGCCAAUGUUGCUGUUGAUGCUAAAAUUUCAGCAGAAAAAUCUGCUGAAGAAGCAGCUUUAUCUGCAGAAGAAGCAACAGCUGCAGCAGCAAAGGCUGCAACAGAUAUUGCUGAACUUCAAGCUGCAAUUGAAAAUGUUUCAGCUGCUAAAAAGGAAGCAACAGAAGCUGCUGCUGAAGCUAAAGAAGCAGCACUUGAAGCCAAACUUGCAGCUGAAACUGCUGCUGAAGAAGCUACUUCUGCUGCUAAAAAAGAAAUUCAAGAAGCUCUUGCUGAAUCAAAGAAAGAUGCUCAAGAUGAAGCAACUAAAAAGGCUGAGGAAGAAGCAGAAAAACUAAAAGAGGCUGAGAAAGUUGCAGAUUUAGCCAAAAUAGCUGCUGAAGAAUCUGCAGCUGAAGCAAAGAAGGCAGCAGAACGUUUGGCCCAAGCACUUGAAAAGGUGGAAGCAGAAGCUGCUUUUCUCAAAUUAGCAGAAGAAGCAGGCGUUGCUGCUAAAAAAGCUGUAACUGAUGGAAAUACUGCAACUGUUAAAGCUCAAGAAGAAAAAGAAGCCAAUUCAAAUUUAGAGGAAGCCAAGACUGCUCUUGAAAAAGCUGAAGAAGAUGAGAUAUUGAAAAAGAAAGAGGUUGAUGAUGCUAAGAAAUUGGUAACAGAAACUAAAACUGCUCUUGCAACUGCUGAAGCUGCUCUUAUUCCAGCAAAAUCAAAUUUUGAGGAAGCAGCAAGCGCCCUUACUACUGCAUCUGAAGAAUCUGCCGCAGCAGCUCAAAAGUUAGCUCAGCUCCUAGAAGAUUGGGAAAAAAAGGUUGAGGAUGUAAAUACUGCUCAGAAGGCUGCUGAUGACACAGAGGAUGUUGAUAAACUGAAAGCUGAUAUUACAACACUAGAAGCUGACAUAACAAAAGCAACCGCAGACAAGGCUGCAGCUGCAACUCCUGACCAGGCUGCCUUUCAAACAAUUAUUGAUGCCAAAACUGCAGAAAAGACUGCCAAAGAGGCCGAAAUAGCAGAAAUAGAAGCUAAGAAAGCUGCUGACUUAGAAGCUGCCAAAAAAGCGUCGGAAAGUGCGGAACAGGCUGUUACAAAGGCAACUGCUACAGUUGCCGUAAAAAAGGGAACAAAAGAAGAGGCACAGGAAAAAUUAGAUGAUGCUAAAGCUGCACUUAAAACUGUAGAAGAAGCUGUCUCCGAGGCUGACAAGGCUGCAAAAGAUGCAGCAUUAGCUGUUACAACAGCUGAAAAGGAAGCUGAAUUAGCUACUCAGAAAUCUGUGAGUGCAGCAGCAGAUUUAGUAAAGGCACAGGCAGCAGCUGAUUUGGCUGAAAAAGCUGCAGAGGACGCAAAAGAUGCUGCUCAAAAAUCGUCCAUUGAAGCAGAAGCGGCAGCUUUAAAAGCUGCAGGUGAAGCUGUAGUAUCUGCAAAAGAAGCUACAGAAGAUGCUGAGGCCAAGAAAACUGAAGUGACAGCAGCUGAAUUAAAAGCAGCAAUAGAACUAGCUGGUAAGAUUGAUGCUGAAAAGAAAGUAGAAGAAGCUAGAAAAUCUGUUGAAGACGCUCUCUCUGAAAUUGGCUCAACCACAAUCUAAAGUUGAGAACACCGUAAUAGUCUAGUAAAGUAUGUAGUAAUAGUUAAUCAAUAAAUAAAACUAAAUUGCUGCUUGUUA